UCCUAGCCUUGUGUUGUUUGUUCUGCAGGUGGAAUGAGGAUGUGUGUGAGGUGGAGGUGGCUGCUGCUGGUGGCUCUGGUUUAUAGUUCAGGAUUUGCUGGUGCUGGGGAGCAUGUCUUGGUUAGGCGCCAGUCAGAGAGUUGGUGGAGCCAUUACCAGUCCUCUGUUCUGGGUGCUCCUAGAAGGUCUCAUGUGGGGGCUGCUCAGCCUGUGUCUGGCCUGGGGUCUUCCAGAUCGGGUGCUCAGCCUGUGUCUGGCCUGGGAUCCCCGAGGUGGGGUGCUCAGCCUGUGUCUGGCCUGGGGUCUUCCAGAUCAGGUGCUUUGCCUGUAUCAGGAUGGGGGUCACCUAUUAGGUUUGGUGGGGAGCCUGCUCAGCCUAGACAGCUGCCACCACCCCAGAGCUCUCCGAUCAGUGUGCAGUGUGGUGAGGACACGUUGGUGGUGACUGUGAUGAGGAACUUCUAUGGAAAUGGAAAUCUGGUGAAAGAUGCAGAGCUGAGCCUUGGAGCUUGCGAGCCUGGCCCUCAAACCACAGAUACCAUGGUGGUGUUUGAGAAUGCAGUGCAAGACUGUGGGAGCAGCUUACAAGUGACUCCACAAUGGCUGAUCUACACAACUAGCCUGGUCUACAGUCCAGUGUCCAGCAAUGCUGUCAUCAUAAGAUCCAACCCUGCUGUGGUUCCCAUCCAAUGCUACUACCCCCGAUAUGGCAAUGUAAGCAGUGAGGCCAUCGAACCAACAUGGGUUCCAUUCAGUACCACUGUGUCGACAGAAGAGAGGCUGUCCUUCUCCUUGCAGCUGAUGAUGGAUGACUGGAGCGCUCUGAGACCUUCCUCUGUGUUUGAGCUGGGGGACAUGUUCUACAUAGAGGCCUCUGUGGACACUCAGAACCAUGCCCCUAUGAUGCUAUUUGUGGAUAGCUGUGUGGCCACGCUGUCUCCUGAUGUCCAGUCCACCCCUAAUUAUGCCAUCAUUGCCUACAAUGGGUGCCUGGUGGAUGGUCGGCAAGAAGAUUCCUCUUCCACCUUCAUAUCCCCAAGGUCCCAGCUAAACCAGCUCCAGUUCAUGGUUGAUGCUUUUCGGUUCACUGGGAUAGAUGUCUCUCUGAUCUAUAUCACCUGUUACCUGAGAGCUGUUGCAGCUUCUCAGACACCAGAUCCAUUGAACAAAGCCUGUUCCUACAGCAAAGCCUCUAGCAGCUGGUCUGCUGUGGAGGGCUCCAGUGGAAUCUGCCAAUGUUGUAACACUGGGAACUGUGUUGCCCCGGCUGGCCAGAGUAGGAGCUCAGGCUCUAGAAGACCAAGAAUGUGGAAGAGAGAAGUUGCUGAUUAUCCUGAGGAACAUGGACUGGCCACACUUGGGCCUCUUCUGGUGAUUGGAGCAGAGUCUAACCCAGCCCCUGAUUCCACCCUUAUCCAGGCUUCCAGAAUGACUGCAGAAUCCAAACCUCUUGAACUAUGGGUGUUGGUAGCCAUUGUGUCUGUCAGUUUAGCUGCUGUAAUUAUUGGUCUUGUGAUGGUUGGGCAUUGUGUCUUGAGGAGAUUGUCUCGCCAAGAAGCUGUAAGCAAAUAAAAGAUGCGUUAAAUAA